AAGAAUAACAAAUUAGCGUCACUUUCCAUGUUACCGGAUUUCAUCAAAAGCAUCCCACAGCCGGCCCUGACGUGAGCAGACCAGUCCUUCUCGCUGUCCACCCGACCCCAGACCACCCCCAGCACUGCCUGGCAUUUCUGGAAGGUCCAACCCAUCUCAAUUCAUAUUAGAAGCCCCCACCCUCUGCCUUUCUGGUGAUGUGUCAAUUCCCAGUUCCCUAUUUCCUUCCUGCGUGAGGGUAGAUGCUGGCAGUGAGCAUCCCAGGCUUGGAAAUAAAAGCCGUGGUCCUCUGGAUCCUGCACAAAGCAUUUGGAGACAGUGGUGGACGUGUGUGACCCCAAGGAACUGAUGGCACAGCAGAUCGGCUCCCUGGAGGACGAAGACCUGAUACUCAGCAGCAACAGACUCUCCCCUCCAGCCUUUGGAUUCCAACAGAUCCCGGGCUUCAAGACUUUCACAGGGUGUCUGGGACCAGGCCGGGCCUCCCAGGUGCUGCUGCUUUUCUCUUUUACACUCUUCGCUGGACUCCUGGUGGCCAUCCUUGUUCAAGUCUCCAACAUCCCCAGGCCCCAGGGGCUGGAGCACUCAAAGCAGAAGGAAAUCUACCAGGAACUGACCCAGCUGAAGUCUGGACUGGCUCGCCUGUGCCGCCCAUGUCCUUGCGAGUGGACCUUCUUCUUAGGAAACUGUUACUUCUUCUCCAACUCCCAGAGGAACUGGCAUGAAUCCGUCAUUGCCUGCCAGGACGUGGGGGCCCAACUCGUGGUGAUCAAAAGUGCCGAGGAGCAGAACUUCCUGCAGCUGCAGAUCUCCAAAAGUAACCACUUCAGCUGGAUAGGGCUCUCAGACCUGAAACAUGAAGGGACAUGGCACUGGGUGGACAAUUCAACCCUGUUGACCAGCUUCCAAGAGUAUUGGAACAAAGGAGAACCUAACAGCCAAGGGGAGGAAGAUUGUGCAGAAUUCAAGGGCAAGGGCUGGAAUGACUCCAAAUGUGGCAACAGCAAUCUCUGGAUCUGCAAAAAGCCCGCAGUUUCCUGCUCUGGUGACUAAAGGCGGGGUUCUGUCCUUGAUCCCUGGUUCUCCAACCCUUCCCCAGCUGCAUGUGCAGAAUUUCACCCAUGUUUGCACCAUGUUCACUCAUAUUUCUUCUCCUGGUCUGUGCAUGCUGAGAUCUUUACAAAAGCUCAGGGACUCUUCCAUGUCAAACUUCUCAUCCUCCACGGGCUCAGCUCUGUCCUUCCUCUGAUGCCUCAAGGUUCCCCUUGGUUCAGAGGUUGUAGUUCUUUGGACCUUGGAACUCUUUUUAUUAUUAUUUUUAUUGGGGAAGAGUGUGUUUUUCAAGGACUCAUCAGCUCCAAGUCAAG